UGGUGUUUUGAGUGGGUUGGAAGAAGCAGUUGCCAGGCUUGCUCGCUGAGGAGACAGUUUGGCUCUACUGAGGAGGAGUUGUUGUUUUCAGAGCAACCUGGAGCAACAGUGCUGCAAAGAAAUGGGCUAGUUAUUCUUCUUCUGGCAGAAUCUGAGCGACUAUUUUUACGCCGAAAAGUAGAGCUUCUGAAAAAAGCUGUGAUGGAAAAAAGGAUUUCAUUUCUCCUUGCUACCCUGCUUUGAAGGAUUCUUCGUAGAGGCCCCACCAGUACAGAACAGGUUCUUCAAAGUCAGCAUUAUGACUGAUGGGGACUACGACUACCUGAUCAAACUCCUGGCCCUGGGGGACUCUGGGGUUGGGAAGACCACCUUCCUGUACAGAUACACGGACAACAAGUUCAACCCCAAAUUCAUCACAACGGUUGGAAUCGACUUCCGGGAAAAACGGGUGGCUUACAAUAGCAGAGGGACUAAUGGAUCACCUGGGAAAGCCUUUAAAGUUCACCUGCAGCUCUGGGACACAGCUGGUCAAGAAAGAUUCAGAAGUCUCACGACAGCUUUUUUCAGAGACGCCAUGGGCUUCUUGUUAAUGUUUGAUCUCACCAGUCAACAGAGCUUCUUAAAUGUCAGAAACUGGAUGAGUCAACUACAAGCAAAUGCAUAUUGUGAGAAUCCAGAUAUAGUAUUAAUUGGAAAUAAAGCUGACCUGUCAGAUCAGAGGGAGGUCAAUGAAAGACAAGCAAGAGAUCUGGCCGACAAAUACGGCAUCCCAUACUUUGAAACGAGCGCAGCUACCGGCCAAAAUGUGGACAAGGCUGUCGAAACGCUCUUGGACUUGAUAAUGAAGCGCAUGGAACAGUGCGUGGACAAGACACAAGUGUCUGACACAGCCAAUGGGGGCAGUUCGGGGAAAUUGGAUUCGGCAAAAACGGAACAGAAGAGAUGCGCUUGUUGAUUUGGUUCCCCUGGACUAAGGAGAAUGAACGAGAAACCGCUAAAUUCAACCCUGGAACCUCCUCUGGGCCCCAUGUGGCCAUUGUUGUUGUCUGAAAGCAAGCCUAAUUUUUGAUGUUGAGAGAUUCAUGCUUCUGUGCUUGAGCAUAGGCUACUAUUACAGUGCCAUCUUCAUUUUUUUUAAAAAAAGGCCCUCCCUCAUCUUCUUGAUCCAGUUAGAGUAGUAUAUGGAGGAAAGACUUAUUCUGCGAAGAGGAUUGGUCAAUUUAUGGGAGAUACCUUUUUAAUAAGGCAAGGGGAUACCCUUGGAGACCCAGGCCAUCUCUUUAAAUCUUGUUGCCUUCUCUCACCAUGUACAUUAUGCAUUUCCUCCAGGUAGUUUGUAAAGAACUAAAGGAUAGGUAGUGUGGCUUGUAUUACCUUAGGGAAAGAAAAAUGCAAAGCAAGCUUUGUGGUCCUGUUUAGUCUACCGAUUUCCUGAUGAGCUCAGCAGUAGAAAGAAAUGAGUGGAAUCCUGUUUGGAAAUAAAAUGGGGGGGGGGCGUGUGCUGAAUUUACUAAGAUGAUCAAGUGGGACUGGAAGGAUGUAGGCUAAAGGAGGAAGGAGCCAGAAAUUCUGGCACUAUGUUGGAAAGUAGCACGUCUGUCCUACGAAGAAGCUGUAAACUAAAAGGUAUUAUCUGCCUUUGUUUAAAAAGUCUAGAAUAAGGGUGGCCUUUCCUGAGGUUACGUACAUGGGAAUGCUGGCUACUGUCCCUUGUCACUUUAGAAAAGUGUGAUGUUAAGGACUCCCCAGGGAUUUUUUUUUUUGAGCGGGGGAUGUAGAACAUCUACUGGGGUCAUAAAUGGGUGCAGUUAGCUUUCCUGAAUGCUCUUUCUUCCUAGUGUUGGGUUUUUAUUAUCCUUAAAAGUGGGUCAUUUUAUAAAUAGAAAGUGGUGCAUAGUGUUGAUUAGGCCCCGAUUAAAUAAAGUAUAGGGUUGGCACCUCAAAGCAUUAAUUGGUGGAUAUGUUUAAGUGAUAGAAGUAUCGGAGGUGUUUCUGGAACUGCCGGUUACGCCGCCUUCGAAGGGUCAAUGUACUUCCCAUAGCUGAGUUUAGGUCCGUGAUGUAUUAAAAUGUCUCUUUCUGAAAUAAAAAUUGAGCCAUUUC